CGGGCGGAGUGGGCGGGGCUGGCGGUGAGAGCUGGCAGGCAGUGUGAGGGAGAGUAGGGGAUCGGAGUGGGUGUGUGCGGAGAGCAGGGGAUCGGAGUGUGAGCAGCGGUAUCGCCAGAGCUCGGGUCACCGGCGACAGGGGAGCGGUGACACCCGCUGGAGCCCGGUGUGAGAAGCAGAGCUGGGACCGCUGAAGAUGUCGGACAAUGCUCUGGACAUCGACGACCGGCCCCCAGCUCCGCCCCUGAGGAACACCAGCACCUUAAUUGGGGCUAAUGCCAAGGACAGCAACACAUUAAACCACGGCUCAAAACCGCUGCCUCCGAACCCGGAGAAGAAAAAGAAAGCCGACAAGUCCAUGCGGUUUAAAAUCCCCGGCACUGGAGAAAAAAACAACAAAAAGAAAGAGAAGGAGAGGCCGGAGAUCUCCCUGCCCUCAGACUUUGAGCACACCAUUCACGUUGGCUUCGAUGCGGUGACCGGUGAGUUCACGGGAAUGCCGGAGCAAUGGGCGCGGCUGCUGCAGACCUCCAACAUCACCAAAUCGGAGCAGAAGAAGAACCCACAGGCUGUCCUGGAUGUGCUCGAGUUUUAUAACUCCAAGAAAACCUCCAACAGUCAGAAGUAUAUGAGCUUCACAGAUAACACUCUCGACGUCUACGGAUCAUCCGCGAACUUGAAUUCAAAAGUCGUUUCCGAGACCCCUGAUGUUCCUCCCGUUUCUGAAGACGAAGAUGAAGAAGAACCUGCCCCUCCUCCCAUCGUGGCCCCGCGUCCAGAACAUACGAAAUCGAUCUAUACCUGUCCUGUUGCUCUCCCGUCACCGCCGGUUAAAGAUGAACCUGCCGCUACGCUGCCUUCAGAGCCAUCAGAAAACAGCUCGUCUCCGCUAGAGGCGUCCGCAAAAAACACGGAGAAGACGAAGAAAAAAGCCAAGAUGUCUGAUGAGGAGAUCUUAGAGAAACUAAGAAGCAUAGUCAGCGUGGGAGACCCCAAGAAGAAAUACACGCGGUUUGAAAAGAUCGGACAGGGGGCAUCCGGAACAGUUUACAUUGCAGUGGAUGUAGCGACCGGACAAGAGGUGGCCAUUAAGCAAAUGAAUUUACAACAACAGCCAAAGAAAGAGUUAAUUAUUAACGAGAUCCUCGUAAUGAGGGAAAACAAGAACCAAAACAUUGUCAACUAUCUGGACAGUUACCUGGUUGGGGAGGAGCUGUGGGUGGUCAUGGAGUACCUGGCAGGGGGUUCCCUCACCGAUGUAGUGACCGAGACCUGUAUGGACGAAGGACAGAUCGCAGCGGUUUGCAGAGAGUGUCUUCAGGCCCUGGAAUUCCUUCACUCUAAUCAAGUCAUCCAUCGGGACAUUAAGAGCGACAACAUCCUACUGGGAAUGGAUGGCUCGGUGAAAUUAACCGACUUCGGUUUUUGCGCCCAAAUUACCCCGGAACAGAGUAAGCGCAGUACCAUGGUAGGUACUCCCUAUUGGAUGGCCCCGGAGGUAGUCACCCGCAAAGCUUACGGCCCUAAAGUGGACAUCUGGUCUCUGGGGAUCAUGGCCAUAGAGAUGAUAGAGGGAGAACCUCCAUACUUGAAUGAAAAUCCUCUGAGGGCGCUGUAUCUCAUCGCCACGAACGGUACCCCGGAGCUUCAGAACCCAGAGAAGCUGUCUGUCACGUUCCGAGACUUCCUCAACCGAUGCCUGGAGAUGGACGUGGAGAAGAGGGGAUCAGCCAGAGAUUUGCUGGAGCACCCGUUCCUGAAGAUCGCCAAACCCCUGUCUAGCCUGACGCCUCUGAUACUGGCUGCUAAGGAAGCCACGAAGAGCACCCGCUAACCGAUGAUGAAGCCUGAAUCUUCAUUUUGCGGACUCCUGGCCCGUGCUCUUGUUCAGCCGCCGUCUCCCGGGUCAUGAAGCUGCUGGACCCCGGGAGUGAGCAAUACAAGCGCACACUGCUCUUAGCGGGCCCCGCGGGGCCUUCUCUGGACACUUACAGAGAGAACUGUGAACACUGUUUUAUAUGUGACAAACACAGGGUUUUGUAAAAGUCUUUUAACUGUACUUUUUUUUUUUUUCUUUUUCAUUGUUACAAUUUGGAGCUUUGACUAUUGAUGAUCCAAAUAAAUGAAACCAACUUGUUCUCAUA